GUAAGGUAAGAUCAAAUUUCUGUGUGGACUCUGGAAUUAUCUGUGAAAAAUAUUAUCAGAAUUUUAUCAAAAACCAUUGAAAUAUGAAUGAUAACAUGAGGUAUUUGGAGAAAUCAAUCAUCGUACAUUUAAAAUAAAUUUCGAGGAGUGAAAUUGUGACGGUGUAAAAUACAUUACACCUUAUAUCUUCACAAAAAUACGCUCCUGUUUAUUUCCGGCUAAGGUUUUAAACGUGGUAAAUAAUGGCGCUUUAAAAAGUUAACAUCUCGUUAACAAGCAUUCCAAUUUUAAAUAAUAAGAAUUUAAGAAAAAUGGCAAGAUAUUAUGAAAAUACGACAACAUUCAACUACAGCUGGGAACAAGUUGCUCGAGGUUAUUGGAAGAGAUAUCCUAAUCCACAAAGUACCCAUGUUUUAUCCGAAGACACAUGGAGCCGACAAGUUAAGGAUGGAUGCCUGUAUACAAAAAGACUAUUGACAAAAACAAACAGAGUACCAAAGUGGGGUGAAAGAUUCUUCAGUGCAAAAUCGGUUAAAAUCAUAGAAGAAAGUGUAGUCGAUCCAGAUAAAAAGGUUUUGGUUACAUACACCAGAAAUUUAGGCUACACAAAAGUUAUGAGUGUAGUGGAACGAGUAGAGUACAGGCCGUCAGGUCCGGGACAGACGAUUGCGAAGCGCUCGGCCUGGAUUGAUUCACAAGUGUUCGGUUUCUCGAGAGCUAUAAGAGCGUUUGGUCUCGAUCGAUUCAGGAAGAAUUGCAACCAGAUGGUAAACGGCUUCAACCACGUGCUGCAGGGCAUGUUCCCGCGCGCGCCGGCCGCGCACGCGCCGCCCGUGGCGCACGCGCUCAAGGAGAUGCGCGAGGCCGCCGCCGCCGCGCGCGCCACCGCCAGCGCGCUCUCCUCCGUGCAGCGCAGCUAACCGGACCGCGCGCACGGUAAUGAAAGCUGUGAAUGAAUUUGGAUCAAUCUGUGACUUUGAAUCAAUAAAUCGAACAUAGUUAUCAAAGCUGAAUAACUAAAGCAAUAACGUAAAAGCUUAUUACUAUUCUACAUUAGUGUUGAUAAGAAACAACAGCUAAAUUAUUUUCAAGAAAUGCCACUGUGUUGCACUCCUUUAUAAGGUAAAAAUAUAGAUUUCCAAAUAUAUAAGACUAGUUAAGGUGAUGAGAGAGAUAAUAUCUUGUGUAAUGAAAAUGUUGAGAGAAGGAAAAAAAAAUUGUCGUAUGUCUAUAGUUUACAUAAUAAUAAAUAUUAUUGCCAUAUGAAAUAAUUCUAAACUUUAUUAUCGCUUUAAAAUGUAAAAGUAUGUCAGCAACACUGCCACUUUAUUGUGAAUGCAUUCAUGCUACUCGUACCUUAAAACAAUGUUAUUACAUUAAAAUUAGUUUAUUCUUACUUAUUCUAAAUAUUUUGUAACGGAUCUUUCAACAUCUAACUCUUUGUUUUGUUACAAAAUGGGCGUAGUACAUUUCAAUUGUCACAUGUACUAUGCGUGCUAAAUCCACCAUCUUGUUUUAACGGACAUAUUUGGAGUUAACUUCGAAUAACAUAUAUCUGCAAAUAACUUCAAGAUGGUCCAAACUAAAAUCAUGUUGUUAUAAUAUUAUAUCUUCAAAAUUCAAAUACAUAAUGUAAUAUCAUUGUGUACCACAUUCCACCCGUGGGUUUGUAUUGUUCGAACACUGCAAUCAUAUUCUGAGUUAAUUUAUAAUUUACACUCACUGUAAGAAUGUUUUAAGUGAUGUUUAUCAUGACAGUUUCCAAAAGAAGAUUUUAUAAUUGAUUUUAAAAAACAGGCAAGUUUAGAUGUCUAGUCCUAUGUCCACCAAAGUGGAGAUAGUUGUAUGAGAAACAAACUUCCACUGAAACUAAGCUAUCUGCUUAGUUUGAUGUGGAAGUAAUAAGCUUUCGAUAAGGUGCUUAAAAAACAUCUACUUUGGUUGAUUAUAGCCCCUUAAACUACCGUUGACAACUAACAGAUGUUAGAUGACAAAAAAAAAAUUGUAAAAAGGAAAAUCCAAUUGAAUUACAUUAUAUCAACUAUUCAAAUAUUUAUAUUGUCUCUGAUGCUGGUUCUGACAUAUAUCUUUCUCUUUCUAAUGUUUGAGUUUAAAAUAUGAAAAUAUGUACUAGUGAAUUUCCAUUUGUUUGAUUGCUCGUUUCUUGUCAUCAGAAAAAGUGUAGAUUAUUUUAGAUGUAUAUUAUUUAUAGGUAGGUCUAGUUCUAGGUUGGUCAAGAUUCAAGAAAGAUGAAGGGAAAGCUCCUAUGUUACAUUGAUAUUUAUCUUUUAGUUCUCUUUUAAUAUCCAACUACCAUUUUAUUAGAAUGUAAUAUUUCAGUAUAAAUUAAACCGGACUAAGAUACUGGCAAUGUUUUUUCAUAAUAAAUUAAUAAAAACAUUAUUAAAUGCGAUUCUGAACAUAUUGAGCAUGCCCUUUGAUAUUGUGCUUGUCAAUAUUGCUUAAAUGAAACGUAUACAAGUGUCUGUUGAGAAAUUGACUAUAUGAUGAGUCCGCAAUCUUUAACACUUUUCAUUGUACAAGAAAAAUGUAAAUCGGAAAAUUUAUAUUUUUAAUAAUAUAUAAUUGUAUAUAAAUAGCUUGUAAAUUAUUAAAUUCAUAUGUAUUACUAAUAAUUUUCCAUAUUUAUAAUUUAGUAUGUUUAUUCCUAAGCUGCCAGUUGACAUGAUGAUACUUUUAUGUGAAUAUGGAAUAAAUAGAAUUGGUAAGUAAAAAGACUGGAAUGAAAUGCGAGAUAAUUAAUUACAAAAAAAAACAAAAACAUUAAAAUUAACCAUCUUUUACUCAUCUAUAUAUAAAUUUAUAAGGAAUGGGUUGUUGUUGCGAUCAAUACUAUUAAAAUACAAAUGCAUUUACAGCAAUAAAAAUUGCACGAAAAUGAUCGAUUUGCAUAAUAUUUUUGUAUUGAAGCAUUUUAUAUCCUUGCAUUGGAAUAUCAAGUGUGUAUUAUGCUAUUCUAAUCAAAAGUCUAUCAUGUGGUUCUUAUUUAAGAUAUUUUAAAUCUCCUCUCAGGUUUGGGAGUAAAAUAAUUAUUUGUUAUUAAGAUCUAAUGUUAAUUGGUAACCUUAAACAAAUUAGAAGUAGUUACCAUUACAUUGUCAAAAAAUACUGAUAAUUAAAGAGUCUACUAAUUAA